AUGGUGCUUUUCAAACGCAAACCGGUGCAGUUUCUGCAGCCGCCGGACUUGGACGAUGAAUCGGCAGAGGUCUGGGUUUUGCACGAAACUGGGGAGGUGUUUGACUCCUAUGAUGAAUAUCUGAAUCGUUACGACUUCUAUAACCAGACGCGCUUCAUCUGCCAAAUCACCGGCCACUCUGGCCUCACCUUCUUCGAGGCACUGAGGAGUGAGCUCGCUGGUGCCCAAGAAGUCGAACAGGCCUUCCCCGAAGCUCUCAAGGGGCCCGUCCUACGGCGCGUACAGUUCCAAACCAUCUCAAGAAUCGAUACACUAGUGGACAUGAUCUAUGAAGAGUUCAAAACCGAUUACUAUCCCGGCGAGGCCGUCACCAUACACCUGGGCACAGGGGAGCGGGUGGCGGGCAUAGUUCGAGAUAAGGCUCGACUUGGUAGCAAGGUUCUUCCAGAUGGGACGCUCACGCAACCUUACUCACGAUACUCGACGAGCAUAGAUGGCCGACCGGGCGAGGAGGCCAGGGUGGAGAGUGAACAUAUAUAUCGCGACCGGAAGAUCUUCACCAAGUCGGUACUCAGGUCCUUCAUCAAGAAAACCGUCACCCGAGAGGCGUGGACCGGCGCUCCUUGGCUUGUGAAGCACGAUGUUGCCGCGCAAUACCAUAUCGAUACCCGUGUGCCGCCGCACCUGCGAUACGACAAUAAACUGCUCGAGCGCAAGCAGCAACAGGCACAGAAGCGUGGCCUCCAUCCUACCAAUGGCCUGCAGGAAACGAAUGGCAUGAACGGCACAUUUCAGUCCCUCGGUCCCGCCCGACUGCCCGAACUCAAGCCCGCGCCAAAAAGCCACAAGGCUGGCAAACAUCACCAUAACCAUCAGCAACCUCCCGACCAGCAAUUCAAAGGGAGCCCGGAUAUGUUUCUCGACCAGGAUCAGGGACCGAUGCCCCCCGUCCCUGGCAACAACCCUUUUCAGUUUCCUGUACCUUUCCGCCACAGCAUGCCUCCCCCGCCGCCCGCUUUCACAAAACCAGAGCCCCCUCCGCCUCCUCCUCCCCCUAAAUACCCUAUAGAGGAUCUGCAGCUGGAGCCUCGCGAUGACUAUGUGCGCCCGCCGUUGAAGUUCAUAUGCAGCGAUCCGCCCGAGGGCAUUGUCGACAGUGGCGGCAGAAACGACAAGAUCUUGAUGAAGUCGAUCGGGCCGUUGUUGGAGACGUGGAAUACCUUGAGUGUCUACUGCGAUAUCUUCAAGCUUGAUUCGUUUACUUUCGACGACUUUAUCCAGGCUUUGGAGGUUAGCAGCGAGACUACACCAUCUCAACUGUUUACUGAGAUCCACUGCGCGGUGCUCACGCAAAUCGUGACUUCCGAGGAGGGUGGCCAGCUACAGGUGAAGCUACCCGAAAUUGACGACGAGGAGGAGGACGAGGAUGGAGAAGACGAAAGCACACUCCCCACACCCGAGCCCGAGCCCGAACCGAAGCCGACCGGCCGCGCCACUAGAAGUAGCCUUGCGAAGCUUGAGGCCGAGCGAAUGAGAGCCGAGGCAGCGGUAGCUGAGAAGGAGGACACGCCCGAACCCAUGGUGAAACACCGUGCUCCCGAGUUACUGGCCAAGUUUGACUGGAUCGAACACUUGAAGAAGCGCGAGUUUCAGGAUGGUGGCUGGGAGUUGAUCAUGGUUGGACUCCUGUACCAACUCUCCAAGGACCCCCGCCAGACCUUGGCCUGUGAAGAGCUGCUUGCUCAACUCGCACCUCCGAGUGAGGAACCCAGUCGGGAGACUGUUCGCCAUCGAUAUUCGGUCCUGGAUCUCAAUCUCCGCACCUCGGCUCUUCAGAUACUCUGCAUGCUGACUAUCGAGACAAAGGCAGUCCGCGGGUAUAUUGAGGAGGGCGCCGAGGUCAUGACAGGGUAUCGGAAAGAGAAAAUUAAGUGGCAAAGGGACCGAAAGCAAGCUAUCGAGGAUCUGAAGGCGCUCAAUGACCAGAGGAAAAUUCUUCUGCCGGAGAAUAUGCCCGCCUCGCCCUCUGCUGGGGGGGCUGAGGCUGGGAACACCAACGGCGAUGUCACCAUGGUGGAUACAGAUGAUUUACCAGGGGAUCGUAGUGAAGAAGGCGAUGACAGCGAGGAAGACCUUCACAGCCGUCGGAAGCUUCGACGCGGCGGUGACCGAGCCGCGGAACGGCAGCGCAAGCGUGAACAACAGGAGCGCAAGAAGGAGGCCGAGAUCGCUGCGAAGAUGCCCAAACAGUCGAAGCAGUUCUUGAAGGUCUUGAAGGAAAUCCAGAAGAAGGAAGACUUCAUCAAGGAAUGCGAGCGGGAGAUCGCCGUCCUCGACAAUGACCUGCGUGAGGCCGACUGCGGGCGGACUCGGGUCCUCGGCAAAGACAGAUUCUGGAAUCGGUACUACUGGUUUGAGCGCAAUGGCAUGCCGUAUGCUGGCCUGCCCAGUAGCUCAACGGCCUACGCCGGCUAUGCCAACGGCUGUAUUUGGGUGCAGGGCCCUGACGAUCUGGAAAGGGAAGGCUACGUUGACCUCAUUCCCGAGUACCAAGAGGAGUACAAGGCCAGGUUCAAGAUGACAGUGCCGCAGAGGAAGAAGAUGGAGGAAGGACGGACCAGCGUCUUCACGGCGCACCAAUGGGGCUAUUACUCCGAUCCCGCCGAGGUCGACUCGCUGCUCAACUGGCUAGAUCCUCGGGGUUUCAACGAGCUGAAGUUGCGCAAAGAGAUCCUGCUCUACAAGGACAAGAUCGUGGCACACAUGGAGAAACGGGCCCUUUACCUACUUGGCCCUGGAGAAGCGGACGCAGGCAAGGAGGGGGAGCCGGAAAAGAAAGAGGAGACUACUAAGCGAAUGCUUACUCGGAAGACUCAGCCGAACAGCCCGGACUCAGCAAGCAUACGAUGUCUCAACUGGACAAAUAAGAUGGCGAUCGAAGAUUUGGGCCAUCUUCAUAGCGAGCCGCCUCCGCCUCCUCCCAAAGCGCGCAAAGGGGGGAGGAAGAGUCGGGGUUAG